UUGAAAGAAAAAAACCAGACAGAAACAAUGGUUAGCAAUAUGUCUCCUCUUGUGUAUGUGUUUGUGAUCUUCUUGGUCGCUUCAACCUCGUAUGCAAUUCCAGUCAGUGAAGUGAAGACCAUCUGCAGCCAAACUCAAAAACCUUCAUUUUGUUUGCGUCUUCUUAUGUCAAACCCUAACCCUAAUGCAAGCCUGAUUGACCUAACUCAGUACGCCAUUAACGUUGCAAGAGCAAAGGUGACGAACACCAUCAAAUUGAUCCAUGAUCUGAUUGCUCAUGGUAAUUCCAAUGCAAAAAGUCACUACAGAAUAUGUUUGGUGCAUUUUGGUUCAGAAGGUGCCCUUCGUGACAUUGAUUACACUAAAGAGAUGCUUCAGAAAGGAGAUUACGAAGGUGUUAAUGUGGCUGCUUCUGCAGUAUCAACUGAUAUUGAAGAUUGCAUUUCAGGAGAUUCACCAUCUGAUCCUCCUUUCAAUGACCCUUCUGAUCUUCCAAAGUAUGCUGCAGUUAUUGAGUCUGUUCUUGAUGUUAUUCUUGUUCUUUCUAAAUUUUUAAGGCACUGA